AUGUCCUCAUCUUCCCAUGAACAACCUAAAUCACAGACCGAUUCCAUUUCAGACACAGAACUCGACGACAUAAUGCCUAUAAAUAAGGUCACAAGCUUCCAUGGAAGACUAAAUCACUUCAUAAAUCCAACAGCCUCACCCAAAACACCACACCACAACCAACCUCCACCAUCAGACAAAACAAGAAUGAGCGACAACACAAGUAACAUCUUCGAUCCCCGAAGCCCCAAACAACCCCAACUCCCAAUAACAUCACCUAUUCCGAGUCCAACACAACGCAUAGUAACACGCUCUCACACGUCCUCACUCCAACUACCACGAACACCCCCACGCCCACUGGCACUGCCACUUGCUCAAACACCCUCACGCUCACCAGGUCCAAUCCGCCGCGCAAAACGCAGACCUACAACCCCAUCCGACAGUCCACCCGCCUCAAGCUCUCUCCUCCGCGACACAAUCCCACCAAACCUGAUCCUCCUCCUCGUAGGCGUAAACCCAGGCCUCCAAACCGGAAGCACAGGAUACGCCUACGCCCACCCCACAAACCUUUUCUGGCGCUUCCUCCACUCAUCAGGCAUAACAAGCCUCAGACACCAACCAAGAGAUACAUACGAUCUACCAGACCUCUACAGCGUGGGAAACACAAACAUCGUUGUCCGUCCUACGCGCGAUGCACAAAUGCUCAGCAAGGCAGAAAUGGACGAAGGCGUAUCUAUUCUCGAACAAAAGAUUGCAGCGCAGCGGCCUGAAGCGGUUUGUCUUGUGGGUAAAAGUAUCUGGGAGGCUGUGUUCAGGGUUCGGUAUGGGCGAGCUAUGAAGAAAGAUGAGUUUCAAUAUGGGUGGCAGGAUCCAAGUGAGAAUAUGGGACGUCUUCCUGGUGUGGAAUGGAAAGGAGCGAGGAUUUUUGUGGCAACUACUACGAGUGGACUUGCGGCAGGGAUGAGUCUGAAGGAGAAGGAGGGAAUUUGGGCUGAAUUGGGGGCUUGGGUUGUUCAAUGUAGAGCUGAGAGGGGGAUUGGAGGGAUUCAAGUUGGAGUGGAUUCUGGUGCUGGAGCUGGAGCUUGA